CGAACCAGUUGUUUUCCUUACAUCGACAGCGGUCGACUCGUUUACUAAGUUUUCGUGAAUGAACUUACGCUGAUAGAUUACAAUAUUAUACAAAAUGUUUUUGAGAGUGAUGGUUAAGUGAAACUGGACGACGGUUGACUUGGAUUUUACUGAUACAAUAAUAUUUAUUUACAAGAGCGGCAAUGGCAAUGGGCGGUGCCAUGGAUGCCUGCGGGAGAUGCAUGAAAGUGUCCCUGGUGGUCACUAAUAUGUUAACCUUUGUGGGGGGUGCGAUAGCUCUGGCUAUCGGUUUAUGGAUAUGGGUGUCACGGUCGUUUCCAAGCACACUCAUGAGCAACAAUAUGUUCAUCGCGUCAGUGGCAGUGGUUGUGGUGAUGGGUGCUGCAAUGAUGGUACUAUCCUUGCUCGGCUGCUGUGGAGCAGCUAAGGAAGUCAAGUGCAUGUUACUUACGUAUUAUAUAUUGGUAUUCAUCAUGUUCGUGGUGAUGCUGGUAGGCGGUAUCCUGUUGUUCGUGUUCAGGGAGAAGGUGCUCACGACCCUGGAGAGGGAGAUGCACGCCUCUAUCCCUAACUAUGGAGUGAGGCAUGAGUAUACGCGGGCGUGGGACGAGACGCAAACUAACCUCCAGUGCUGCGGUGUAAAAAGCUACAAGGACUGGAACGAUAAUGUUCCGGAGAGCUGUUGUCGAGAAAUUUACCCGGGGAAACGACAGGACUGCAAAUAUUCUCAAAAUCCAACAACAAUGUACAUGGAUGGUUGUUUCAGUAAAACAGUAGAAUUAUUGCGAGAAGAUGCGGUUUUCGUGGGAGCUGUAGCCAUUAUUGUAGCAUUGAUUAUGGUGCUGGCCCUGAUAUUUUCUUGUGGAUUAUUCGUGAAAAUAGAGUGACGACAUCGAAUAAAAAAUAUUUUGGUGACUAAUUCGUUUGUUAAUCAGAGUGACUGUUGAGUAUAAUUAUAAUAUUGUUAUGCGACCGGUCGAUUCUCUGGUGUCGUAUUGUGCAUUACAUUUUCUAAUUUAUUUUCUAAAUGUACUAUGUAAAUGUAAUGUAAUACAUACUACUUACAAUAAAAUUUUAUAUUGAUUUU